AUGGAAGCUGUAAACAAGGCUUGCCCGCUUACUCACCGCCACGUGGCAAUGAUGAUUGAUUUCCUCUAUCCCCACGAGGCCUUUGCAAGAGGGCAGGUCUGCAGAUUGUGGCAGCAAGCAACAUCUGCGUUGGAUGCAAGGGAGGCUGUGCUGAGGCUCCGUCCCUCGGGCUGGGUGCGAGAUGCCGCAGAGGCUGCAUGCCUCAAGGAUGCGGCCUUCUGCAAGCGGCUACUACGCGAUUGGUGCACCUACUUGUCCGACGCCAGUUUACAAGUCGCCUAUGUCUCCUCCUCGCAGCAUCUCGUAUUUACGGACCCUACCGCGAAGAUGGUGGCGCCACCUCAAGGAGCUGAUCUAUUCCCCAUUGAUGUGGACCGGGACACAUACCGAUUGGUGAUCGCGGCCUUUUCUGCAGACAGGCUUUGGUGGAGAUGCCUGGAGCAAGAGCUCUUCCACUGGCCGCUGGAGCCGCCAGAAGAGGAGGACAGCAGCCGGUUUCCGGAAACGGUUCGUGGAUUCGCAGCUUCUCAAGGUUCACGAGGGCCCCUGCCCGAGUCAGACGACGAAGAAGGUGACGAAGAGGACGAUGAUGACAGAGAUCCUCGCGCACCACAGCGGGACAUCGACGGUCGCGACAUUCAGGCACCAAUCGAUGAUUGGGAAGACAUCAUCCCUAUGAAGGGCAAAGGCGAGGGAAAGGGAAAGAUGGAACCCAAGGGUUUCCAAGGGAAAGGCGGCAUGAAGGGAAAGGGCAAGGGAAAGCCGUCCUGGGACGACCUCAUAAUGGAUCCCACUCCGAAUACCACGGAGCUCCGGCGGGAUGUCGGCGGAUACACUCGCGAGGACGAUGUUGGGAUAGAUCCUCGUGCGCCUCCGCGGAGGGGCACCGGCGGCCGCGACCGUCAGGGAGCCGCCGCCAGUUCUUUGGUUCCAGAGCCCCGACUCUGCGAAGCGGUGCCAGGCUACAAAGGCAGUUGCGCCAUCCCGAAGCUGCCAGAGGACGUGCUGGCAGUCUUGGCGUUGAACGCUGCAUGGUUCACUUACAGCUUCUGGACCAGGAAGCUGCAGGCAAUCUUGCUCCUGCGUGACGGGCGGUAUCUCCUCGUCGGGACGAGCGAGAUGCAAGGAACCAUCGAUUCGCAGGCGGCGGGAUUGGCCUGCCGCUGCUUUGUGGCCGAUUCGCUGGCAUCCAUCGUCCUGUUCGCCCAGGAUGACAUUAGCCGGCAGAUCCUGCGCGUGCGAACCCCGGAGUCACCGGACCCCAAGCGCCAGCAGCAGCGCUGGAAUGACUCCAGCUCAAGAUUGCAGUUGCCUCGCGUGGAGGGCGAUGUCGGGCACGAGGAGGUCUUCGGUAAGUUUCCCAAGGCCGACGAAGUGCUGCAGUCCCUCGAACGCCCACCGCUGUUCAGCAACACCACCUUCGACCAGGAGCAGGCACGCGCCAGCGUGAAGAGAGGCGCAAAGUGCCGGGUCCGUCGUGUGAGUCCAACCUUCGGCUUCGAGUCCUGCAGCACGCAGGAGUGGGACCUCACAGACGGGCCCGUGAACUCGGCCAAGGAGCAGGAAUACGUCCAGCGUGCCCAAACCUCAGACCGCAGAUUCAUCAGUUUCAGUGGCGGAUGCCAUCUGGGCCUGAAGACUGGGAGGCACUACUCCGCCGAAGUACGACAUGUUGAUGUUUCAGCUGGCACGGUGGACGUUGUCUACGCGGACUACCAGGAGUGGGCCGUCGGAAACUCCGGGCACACGGGCGCCCGGGGCAGCACUGGUGUCCUGCUGCCGCCUUUGCAGGAAGCUGACGUGGAGAUGGACCGCGUGCAGCUUCUGCCAUCAGAUGAAUGGUACUGGCAUUUCCAGAAUGUCUGGGACCCUUGUGGCUGUUUCACUUGCAUGAGCCUGGGCUUUGAGGACAUGAGCCGAGGCCAGGAGUCCCACUGCCAAGCUGCUGUUGGGUUUAUUUUCCUCUGA